GUAAAGUGGCGGUCGUGGGGGUCACCCCGUUUUGGAAGUGAAGAGAAUGAAUUGAUAUGUUAUUGGAUGAUGAUUCAAGGGGUUUUGUGGAAAUAUGAAUUUGUGCGUGCAGAUUUCUUGGGAAUAUGAAUUUUAGAAUAUUAGAAAUGUUCGGCACUAAACGGAGAACAUUCAAACGUCACUUGGUAGAAGCCGUCGGUGCUGGAAUAUUAUUACUCGUGUUCUGUGAAUACAUCAUUUAUUAUGUUGUACUUGUAAGGUGUGGAUGGCCCUCCCUGGACGCCCAGAAAGUUGAUCUAACAAUUGCAGUUCCCAAGGCAGACGAGAGACCUGUCAAGGCGAUGUUCAUUGCUGACACCCACUUGUUAGGGUUCCGAAAGGGUCACUGGUUCGACAAACUUCGAAGGGAAUGGCAGAUGUACAGGACCUUUCAGACAGCCAUGGUUCUUCACAAACCCGACGUUGUCUUCGUACUAGGAGAUGUCUUUGAUGAAGGUCUCUGGUGUGGCUCCUCUGAAUUCGAGACGUACGUCAAGAGAUUCAAUUCCCUCUUUGCAGUACCACAAAACACAUACAUCUACAUAGUUGCUGGGAAUCAUGACAUGGGAUUUCACUAUUCCAUAACUCCAUACUUGAAUCAAAGAUUCAUGAAUGCAAUGAGAUCCCCGAGUGUAAAAAGGGUGACAAUCCGAGGGAACCACUUUGUUCUAGUCAACAGUAUGGCCAUGGAAGGGGACGGCUGCUUCCUUUGCAGACCAGCUGAAGUUGCUUUAAAUAAAAUAGCCAAACACUUGAAGUGCGCCAGAGGCAUUGGCGAGUGCAAUAUGCAGAAAUCGAUCAAGAGGUAUAGCAGGCCAGUGCUCCUCCAACAUUAUCCAAUGUACAGAGAGUCUGACUCGUUAUGUUCAGAGCCUGACGAGGCACCUGAGGAGAUCAAGGACAUAAAGUUCAGGGAAAGGUGGGAGUGUCUAUCGAGGGAGGCUUCUGAACAACUCCUGGAUAUUCUGAAUCCGAGGUUGAUUGUUGAUGGGCACACUCAUCAUGGCUGCAGGAAGAGGCAUAGGGAGGACAUUCUUGAGGUCACUAUUCCGUCGUUCAGCUGGAGGAAUAAAAAUAAUCCCUCGUUUUUGAUGGGUGUCUUCAUUCCUAACAACUAUGCUCUCUCAAAAUGUUACAUGCCAGAAGAAUCAAUUGUGAUAUCCAUUUACAUCUUUGGUGGUUUUUUCAUCGUAAUUUAUUUACUCAUCAAAUCAAAACAAAGGAUGAAUCGUCACAACUUCUUGAAACUCCACUGAUAAAUAUUUUAUUGAUAUGAUUUAAUGUCCUCGAUAUUUUAUUCCUUCAAUUUUGUACACAAUAAUCUCGGUGCAACAGUAUGGAGAAAAACAAGAUGAUCAUUGACGAGCACUCUCCACAGCAUGACAGCGUACAUAAAAUAAAUAAUUGUUGGCGAAGAAAAUUCUUUAUUCUAGAUAUUUUUAUUCUCAUUCAGCCAAUGAUUGAAUUCCUUUUACACAACUCUCAAAUGAUCAGAAUAAUAAGUACUCGAUGCAGACACGAUUAUUCUCUCUCAAGUAUGCGAAAAAUUUAUUUCACCAGUGAAGUGAUAAAACUCAGCACAACAAUGGUUUAUUCAGAUCUUGUUGAAUAUCAAGCGAUAUUUUUUAUAGAAAGUUGUGUCAGGUACAAAAAAAUUUCCCAUGAUUUUCUGUGCUAAGACAAUUCGUAAUUAAUACAAAUGCAUCAUUAACCAGGAUUUUUGGCAUCUUGCUAACUACAGUUGUUUUCGUAAUAUACAAUUGUUGGAAAGAUUAUUGCCAGACAUUUUUUGUUCAAAUUUUUAUAUCUUUCAAAAUAAUGUUUUGACAUUUUCUCCUGAACAUAUUCAUUUUUUAGCUAAAUACAAAAUUACCGAAUUCGUCAAAUUUUAGCCAUAACGUUUUAUCACCUCAUUGUAGAAUUCAUCUCGAUUAAAUUUGUUAUUAGAUACUAGAUCCCUAGAAUAUUGUACCUCAUAUUCUCCCUCCCUGAACUUCCAAUUCAUCUGGUCAUCGCACACAUACAAAUAUUUAUUCUUAAAAAGUUAUUAUUUUACAAAAUAUAAUGUUAACAAAGUCCCUAAACUCCGA